ACUUACGAACGAGAAGGAAGAAUUCAGUCGCGGUGUCCAAAAUUUAUAUGGCGGGUGUGUCGUUUAGAGGAUGUAGUAUAUUUUAAUCAUUAUUACUUCAUUUUUCUUGGUUUCGUAUCUAAUUCCGUGACAAAGCCAGCAAUCAAAAUGAUGUCCGAUAGAAAAGCUGAACUGGAAAGAAAAAAGGCCAAACUUCAAGCUAUUAGAGAGGAAAAAGAAAGGCGAAGAAGAGAAAAAGAGCAAAAAGAUGUUGAAGAAGCUACGGUACGUGCAGCAGGUGCUGACAAAGAUCAUCGUAAAGAAAUUGAUGCCAUGCUUUCUUCUUUGGGAAUGGCACCAGUAUCAGACGUAUUGUCCAGUUUAUCUAGCAUGAAUUCUUUGACACCAGAGCAAAGUGCUAAUGCUACGCCAGAUGCAAGUUUACAGCCAUCUAGCAUAAAUUCAACACAGAGUACUGGGCGAAGGAAACCAAGAGAACUGACCAUUGUUUCUGUUGCUAAUACCAAUAUUCCACCAAAGGAGCCUGUUGUCUAUAGUAAACAAACUCAAACAGUUCAAACAACGCAUACAUCUCACGACGGACUGUCCAAAUCUUCUUCCGAAUACACCAUCUACUCCUCCUGUUCAACAACAACACCAACUCACUCUUGCUCCGCAGGCUACUUUGAGACUGACUGGUGGCGUCCCAGGAAAGGUGGGUCUGCACCAAACUACCUAUCUCAUGCAUUCGACUAUUACGACGAGUACAAUCUAAAUCCAGGUUUAGAAUGGGAGGACGAAUUUACAGUUUUGACAUUUGAUGAUUCCCAAGCCGAAGAUGAAGAGAACAGCUUGCCACACUUGGACAGCUUCCAAAGCAAGCUUCCACCUGGAAUUCUUCCACAUGGUUUGCCGCAGGUUAAAGAGGUUCAGCCUGCUGUUACACAGGUAGAACAAGAAAAGGAGAAAGAAAAACCUAAGAAAGAAGUUCGCGAGUUCAGCGAGGAAGAAAAGCAGAUGAUCAUACUCUCGGAGGACUUUCAACGAUUCCUCGAUCGUACUAGUAGGAUUGUGGAGAGAGCAUUGGGUGAAUCGAUCGACAUUUAUACCGAUUAUACCGGCACAAUGGAUGGCGAGGAUGGAUUGGACGAAAAGAGCCAUCAACAAUUAUGGUUAAAUCGUUCCUUCUUCUGCGAACGAUGGUCUCGUAAUCGUUGCGUCACUUCGAUGGAUUGGUCCCCACAGUUUCCAGAACUUCUUGCGGCCUCAUACAACAACAAUGACGAUACCCCGAACGAUCCCGAUGGUGUAUGUUUGGUUUGGAACACGAAAUUUAAGAAAUCCACUCCAGAAUUUAUCUUCCAUUGUCAAUCACCGGUAAUGUCAACCACUUUUGCGAAAUUUCAUCCAAAUUUGAUUUUGGGUGGUACUUAUUCCGGUCAAAUAGUACUCUGGGAUAAUCGCGUACAGAAGAGAACGCCAGUACAAAGAACGCCUUUGUCAGCUAGCGCUCAUACCCAUCCUGUGUAUUGCUUAACUGUUGUUGGAACGCAAAACGCACAUAAUUUGAUCAGCAUUUCGACGGAUGGUAAACUAUGUUCUUGGAGUUUAGACAUGUUGUCUCAACCACAGGAAACGUUGAUCCUAUACUUGAAACAGUCUAAGACAAUAGCGGCUACUUGUUUGGCUUUUCCUCAUGGUGAUGUGAAUAAUUUUGUUGUUGGUAGCGAAGAUGGAACCGUAUAUGGCGACUGCCGACAUGGCACAAAAGCUGGUGUAGUUGAGAUGUUUGAAGGUCAUCAGGGACCAGUGACUGGUAUCAGUACACAUGCCGUUCAAGGUGGAAUUGACUUCUCUCAUUUAUUUUUAACAUCUUCUAUCGAUUGGACCAUCAAAUUGUGGAGUCUUAAAGAAAUGAAACCUCUUUAUUCUUUCGAGCAUAACGGAGAUUAUGUGUACGAUGUUGCAUGGUCACCAACUCAUCCUGCAUUAUUUGCAGCUGUUGAUGAUUCAGGUAGAUUAGAUCUUUGGAAUUUAAAUCAGGACACUGAAGUACCAGCUGCUAGUGUCAUCGUCGACGGAAAUCCCGCAUUGAAUAGAGUUUCUUGGACACCGAGUGGUUUACAUGUCACGGUCGGAGAUGACACUGGUAAAAUUUGGGUUUACGAUGUUGCAGAGCAUUUGGCAUAUCCGAGAAGCGAUGAAUGGAAUAAGUUCUUGUAUACACAACAAGAUUUAAAGAAUAACAAAGCGGACGAGGAGUUAGACAGGCUCAAUCUUAGUUCCGGACCUUCUUCAUUAACAUCUUUAACCUCUAUUUCAUCGUGUCCGCUUAGAUAAAGAUUUUGUGCUACUUAGAGAAUCAUGAUUAUAAGAUAUGGGUCUAGCUUACCUUAAAGUCAAGAUAAUAUAGAAUACUUAUUAAAACGCAGGUAUAAAAUUUUAUCAAGGAUAUACAUAUUGUUAAAAAAACAAAUGAUACUCAUUACGCUAUUAUUCUUAUAAAAAAAAAUUUCUUUACAAAAGUCGUUCUCCGCAACGAUGCGAUCUUGUACACUAAAACAUAAUUUUUACGAAUAUAUCUAUUCAUUUAUUUAACUAAAUUGAAUUAAUUCAAUUAUAACUAAAGUUAAAUGAUUUCAUUUUAAUAAUAAGUGUUCAUAUCAUUACUAUAACUUUAAGAUUGGUCCUUGUUCACAGAAUAUAGUGCAAGAAAAUGCAAUUUUAACAUUUGUUUCUGAAUUUUUGUUCAUUUGUUUUAUUUGCUUUUCAAUGUUAUAUUAGAUUAUAACAGGAUAAUUUUCCAAGGAUACCUCGAUUACUUAGUUAAAUCUAAUUCCUUUUUCUAAGGCAUAUGUAAUUUAUCCUUAUAGUAACCUUAUUUAUAUAAUUUUUUUUUGCAUAGAUUUUUCAUACUUUUAUCUGCUUUAUCAUGCCCAUGUUACAUCUUUCUUAUAUUUUCUCUUAUAUAAUAUUAAUUUAUAUGUAUAAAUUUUGUACAUUGCUCGAAGAUGCAAAAUACAAGGUUAAGCCACAGACGUUAGCCACAUAAAUGCUCCACAUGAAAUUAGAUUUAUGUUUAUUCUUUCAAAUGGACUUUGUACUUAUACUCGAUAACUUAUAAUCAAUAUUUUUUCAGGAUAAUGGACUAUAUACUGUCGCAUCAUUUUAUAAUUAUUUCUAAUAUUCAAAAAAUAGCAUUAAUAGAUAUUAAUCAGGAACAGCGACCUUAUGCAGUGAAUUAAUCAAAUUUACUUGUAAAUAAGACAAGAUGUAUGAUUGAUCAUAUUUUAAAUAAGCGUUCAGUAUUAAGGACGUCAUAUGAAUUCUAUUAUAUUGUAUAAUUGUAAAAUAAUGUGUUUCAUUAGCGGUUGUCAAUAUUUUUGAAUUUGCAUAUAAUUUUGGAAUUAAGUCAUGGUUUAGAGCAACAAAUGAAUCUAUGUGGUAAUAUAUAUAGCACAAUAAAUAAUUAAGAACAUCUUCAUUUUCUAA